AUGGGCUGGGACUCGUCGACCACGGUGCACGUCGGCACUCCUGCCGACGUGGCUACGCUCUUUGAGCUCUCCACCAACAACGAACCCGACGAUACGGGCACAGGGCUGCCGGACGACAUGGACAACACGGCAGUGCUGCGGCCGCAUGCACGGGCCUGCAAUCACUUCAGUGCGAGUGGCACCUGCCCGUACGGUCGCGGCUGCCACUUCGCGCACCACGCAUACGUGCUGCAGGAGCGUGCGCGUGAGGCAGCGCUUGCCGCAGCAGAGGCAACAGUGAAGCCGGUCGCGCUGUGCCAGUCAAUGCGAUUUGACCACAGCGACCUCCUAUGGGACGUGGCGAGCAAGCGUCUCGUGCCGCACUGCCCGUCCGAGUUGCACGACGAAUGCGAGGGCACUGACUAUGUGCACGUCACCGAUCCAGCCGCUUUCGCCGUCGCCUUCCACGAAAAGGCCGCGGCGCCGCUCGACAUGUUUCCUGUCGACAUUGUCGACCGCAUCAAAUGGUGCCUCGACGAAGCUAGUUGCCACCCUGGCAGCAUGUGCACAGCGCACAUGGGCCUCAGCAGCCCAGCUCUGAAUGUGGAUGCGCUCCAGAACUUACUGCGCAGCGGCAGCGUCGAGCAGCUGGAGCAGGACCUUCACCGGACGACGGAAGGUCUGAGCGCAGAGCUGGAGGCGCUCGCAAAUCCGACGUGCACGUGCGGCGCGGCCGCUGAAGUCGAGGAGGACGACGAGGACUACUACUCGGACGGAGAGCCGCUGCACGAGCGCUGCUGCCCGUGCUGGGAUCCCAACAGCGAGCGAGCCGACUAUGACGACUUUGAUGGCUACGGAUGCUACGGCUCGCGCCACGUGCGGCAGCGCACGUCGUACAACGAGUACAGCGACUACGAGGCCCGCACCGAUCGCAUGGCGGCGUUACGUUACGCGCUCGGGCGGCUCGAGGAGGCCGCGAAGCUCAACAGCUCCGAGCUCGUCAACAAGGUGGGCGAGCCAUCGAGCAUGACGCUUGAUGAGCUGCGGGCGUUAGCGGAGGAGGAGCUCGCGGCGCGCGCUCGAGGGCUCGGCUCGGCACUUCCGCCGCUCGACGUGAGCGCGUGCACGACGCGCUCGCAGUUUGUGGCGGCGUUCGAGAAGGCACACGUCUUCGAGCUCACCGAGUACGAGAAGAUGCGCUUCGCCUUCUCUGUGGCGGCAGAGCGCGGCGAGCACAUCUUCAUCAGGCACGACGUGAUCUGA